AUGCCUCUCACCACCCCCGUCUUGACGGUGGACGCGGAUAAUAUUCACAAGGUGGACACUGCAAACGCUCAGAGCCUUCAUGGCAUGUGGAUGGUAUUUUCGAAAUGUGCCGACUACAUGGACCAGGGCCGUCGGCUCGAGAACUUAAGUUGGCGCCUGUGGACCCGUGAGACCUUUUGCGUUGAGGCCGAAAACUCGAAGCGUACAUCCGCCCUGUCCAGAUUCCGUUCCGAGGCCGGUGAUCUCCCGGAGCUCUCUGCUAGUGUUGAGUCGGCUGCGUCUGACCAGGCCGAACGUAUCGAGGCUCACAUCAAACGCCCCAAGUUCUCCGACUACCGCCCGGCCGUAGUCCGUGAAGACUCGCUCGCCAGCUUAGGUCGAGGCAAGGAAAAGCACAUCACCUCACUGGAUCUGGAGCGCAUGGUUCUCAACAUCAAGGAGAAGAAGAACCUCGAACCUAUCACCACUGUCGAGCCCGCUGCCCCUGUUGUCGAUAUCACCCCUCGCCCGUCGACUCCUACUCCUACUCCUCCUUCCGUCUCUACUGUCUCUACUGCUAGACAGGUCCCCGUGUUCACCCAUCCGUUUCCCCAAGCUCAUGAGUCUACCGAGUCUUGUUCGACUACUGCACCCGAAGGCAAUGAAAGCGAUGGGGCUCAAAAUACAGCUUCCGAUACUAGCGUCUCAUCUUCGGGCGUCCUUCCGAGCCACCCAGAAUUGAUCAAGUCAUCCAGCAUUAUUCGGGGCUUCUCGCCGUCAAUUGUCUCUUCUUCCUAUCGGUCGCAAGCUAAGCUAGCCGCCGACCCCAGUCCAUCCCGUGCUACCACUCAGCUUAAACCAUCAGCACUCAAGAAGAAGGGAGGCAUGUUUACAUUGGGGGGAUCGUCCGGUGACGAUGAUGAGAGCUCCUUUGAGGAACGAAUGGUGGCGAAGCCAACCCAGGAGAACGCGACCGGUGGAUUACUACGACCUGCGACCAGCAACCCUAGUCCUUCGAAGAAGGUUGCAUCAUUUAGCGAUGAAGUCGCUUUCCGACCGAAGAGCCCGAUCCAACUCGACGAGGAUGCCAUCGAGACUGACGACGAAAUUUCAGAAAGCGCAAUCGAGGACGAUGAAGAUUCGGAUUGGGAGGACUCGGUCACAGAGAGCGGCAGAUCUAGCGUGGACGAGCGACCGGAACUUUUCCAACGAGUGGAUUCUCGACCUAACCUGGUCUCUCGGCGAUCGCUUCUUACCAUGAUGAUGCACCAGCCGACUAACAUGAGGCAAACGAAUGCAUUCCGAUCCAGUCCUGCCCUGCAACGGUCUCGCUUGACAUCACCCAAUGGCCCGUCUAUCCCCGCUUCGCCCCCCGCAAAGGAUGACGAAAGCUUGACCAUGCGUGGUCCCGACGUUCCCCGAUCGAAGCCCAUCAUUAUGAAGCCCCCGCACCCGCAAUCGGUCGCCCAUUCGCCUCGCACUACUCGUCGAAAUAUGCUUGCGACCGAGUUGACUGAGUCCCUUCGCAAACAUCUCUUGUGGGAGCGCCAGCAGAAGUGUGCAACUGCCAAUGCCUUCCUUAAGCGACGACACACCUCCCAUGAUGUCAAAAACCUUCAAGAGUACCCCGGGCCUAAGGGACCUCACCGGACCCCAGGCGCAGGUCCAUCCGCUCCGGGCGACGCUAGCCAGACUCGGGAUAAGGAGUUCUCGAAGAACGGCUCAUGGACCAACUAUGCCACUGACUACGGUCCAUGGGAAUACCAUGUCAAAGGCUGGUAA